GGGGACAGAUGGGGAAGAAAGCAUGGAGACAGCACAGCUUCACAUGACCAGCCCAUUCUUCUCUUCAUCUUUGCCUAAUGCAUUUCCACAGAUCCAUUCUGUUAUUAUACACCUUUCGCCUAAUGCAUACUGCCAGAUAUGCUCUAAUACCUUACCAUUCAAAAGUACAGACAAGGUCAGCUGAAUAACAUGCAAGGUCAACAAAAACGCACAGACAAAAAGGAAGGUUGAGAGAGUUCAAGAGAUAAUUCCACAAGCUGAUAAGCAAGCAGAUUACUUAAUGACUUGAACUUCGAGCUCCUGUGUUUCUUCGUUGAAUCUUCACUGCAGAAACAAAUGGGAAAUGCACAGAUCCUAGCGCUCUACAUCACUAUAUCUGUCAUCACUUUUGUUUUAUCAAAGAUUAUUGAUUCUGUUCUCAUUUACAAGAGAUGGAAAAGAAAACAGAUUGUUUUUGCAGAAGGUUUCGUGGAAGAUAUUGAAAUUAAGCAACAAAGACAUUAUCGCUUUGGUGGAUAUGCCACGGUGUACAGAUUAACCAUUGAUGACUCAGCAGCUUACGCUGUGAAGAGACUAAACAGAGGAAGUGCAGACAGGGACAGAGGAUUUGAGAGAGAAUUGGACGCAAUGGGAGACAAAACACCGAAACAUUGUGACUCUUCAUGGAUACUACACAGCUUCUCAUUAUAAUUUUCUUGUAUAUGAGCUAAUGCCUAAUGGAAGUUUGUAUACGUUUCUUCAUGGUAAGUGAUUCAAUAGAAAACCAAGACAUGA